UUCUAACCUGAAUGGUCUCUCGCCUUUGCCCUCUCCUCCGAAAUCUCCACCCUCCUGCUCCAUCUCUAUCCGGCGACGGUAUGGCUGUGCGUGUUCUUCCACGCGCCAUUCCUUCCACCUACGUCGUGACAGUGAGCGCUUCUUCGCGUUCGCAUUUUAGGCUCUCGCCGACGCUUAGUCGCCUCUCAUUUCCAACUUCGUCUAUUGAGCCGUCCUCGAUUUUUGAGAGAAGGUUCGGCAAUGGCCCGGGCCGCAAAGAAUUUAGUAGUUGGAGCUUCGCACGGUCGUUCGGGAGAGUGCUCGCGCACCGGAGAGAGUAUAGGAAAAAUUCAAGGCGGCCGGUGAAGAGGAAGGGAAAAGAACUGGACCUUAGUGUAAAGAUUUGCAUUGAAGAGCAGUUGCCUGAUGAUCCUGAAGUUCUGGAUAUUGCUGAAAUGCUCCGACUUAAUGUGCCAAUGGCAUUAAAAUUAGCACUUGAUGGUUUGAAAGAUUCAGAGUAUAAAACUAGAGAUACUGCAAUUGGUGAUGUUGGUUCUUUUGAGAGCAUUGAAUUAUCUGUACUUCUUUGCAACGAUGAGUUCAUCCGCGCGCUGAAUAAAGAGUGGAGAGAUGAAGAUAAGCCUACUGAUGUCCUCUCAAUGUCUCAACAUAUUCCUGAACUUAAAAUUCCCAUCCUCAUGUUGGGUGACAUCGUAAUUUCUGUUGAGACAGCUGCGAAGCAAGCAGAGGAAAGAGGGCAUACUCUUCUUGACGAGAUACGCAUCCUUCUGGUUCAUGGAUUGCUACAUCUUUUGGGAUUUGAUCAUGAAAUUAGUGAUGAGGCAGAAACUGAAAUGGAGGAGAAGGAGGAGGCACUUUUGAAUAGGCUUGGAUGGAAAGGGAAAGGAUUAAUUCAUAGUGCUUAUGACACUGAUGGAACUACGUCUAUUGAGACUAUAGAUGACAGGAAGAUGGAAGGUGGUCUUCGAUUUUACAGACCAAAGUUUAGAUAUAUCUUUUGUGAUAUGGAUGGCACUCUUCUAAAUAGCAAAAGUCAGAUUACUUGUGCAACAGCACAAGCUCUAAAAGAGGCUACUUCAAGGGGUGUAAAAGUAGUGAUAGCUACUGGAAAAACUCGUCCUGCUGUCAUAAAUUUGAUGAAGACAGUAGACUUAGUAGGAAAGGAUGGCAUCAUUUCAGAGUUUUCUCCUGGUGUGUUCUUGCAGGGACUGCUUGUGUAUGGUAGACAAGGUAGGGAAAUUUCGAGAAGGAAUUUAGACCCCAAUGUCUGCAGAGAGGCAUGCCUCUACUCUCUCAAACACAAAGUUCCUCUUAUUGCCUUCAGUGAAGAUCGUUGUUUAACUUUAUUUGACCACCCUUCCGUGGAAUCACUUCACACAAUAUAUUAUGAGCCAAAGGCGGAGAUCAUUCCAAGUGUUGAACAACUUCUGGCAGGAGUGGAAAUACAGAAGAUGAUAUUCUUGGACACUGCUGAAGGAGUGGCUUCUACAUUGAGACCAUAUUGGAUGGAAGCAACCGGGGAAUAUGCUUCUGUUGUACAAGCUGUACCAGAUAUGCUUGAAAUUGUUCCUUCAGGAACUUCUAAAGGCAGAGGAGUCCAAAUGCUUCUUGAUCAUUUAGGUGUUAGUCCAAAUGAGAUAAUGGCGAUUGGUGAUGGGGAAAACGAUAUGGAGAUGCUUGAGCUGGCUUCUCUGGGCGUUGCUCUCAGCAAUGGAUCAGAGAAGGCAAAGGCUGUCGCUAAUGUGAUUGGUUCCAGCAACGAUGAAGAUGGAGCAGCUGAUGCAAUUUAUCGCUAUGCAUUUUAAGGUUGUGUUUUGCAAUGAGAGAGUAAAAGGGACAAAACGUGAGGCUUAAAAGAAACAAAAAAAAAAAUUUCAAAAAAAGAAGAAGAAACAAAUUGAAAUUCUUGAGAUUACAAAAACCUAACAUUUUUAUUGACUUCUAAUUAUGUCAAUUUUAUGGCAAUAUUUAAUUCAGCCAUUAGUAAAGGAAGAAACUUAUUUUCUUUGGGCA